AUGUCUGGUGGAACGAUGUUCAAGAAGCAGAAGCUAAACCCUAAUGAGAGUAAAGCACAAGCAAAACCAUGGGUAGAGAAGUAUAGACCAAAGAAACUAGAAGAUGUUGCUGCACAAGACCAUGCGGUUACAGUACUCAAGAGGACGUUGCAAACAGCCAAUUUACCUCAUAUGCUAUUUUAUGGACCACCUGGUACAGGUAAGACGUCUACAAUUCUUGCGUUGACGAAAGAAUUGUACGGACCGGAGUUGAUGAAAAGCAGAGUGCUCGAGCUUAACGCGUCUGAUGAGCGUGGUAUCUCUAUUGUGAGAGAGAAGGUGAAGAACUUUGCUCGUUUAAUGGUGUCCAAGCCCUCUGCUGAGGAUCUCGAGAAGUAUCCAUGUCCUCCUUAUAAGAUUAUUAUUCUUGAUGAAGCUGAUUCAAUGACAGCCGAUGCACAGAGUGCAUUGCGUCGGACGAUGGAAACCUACUCUGGAGUUACACGUUUCUGUUUGAUCUGUAAUUAUGUUACGAGGAUCAUUGAUCCGUUGGCUUCGCGUUGUUCGAAGUUCAGGUUCAAGGCUUUGGAUUCGUCUAACGCCUUGAGCCGUUUGCAAUACAUCUCGCAAGAGGAAUCCUUGAAGUACGAGGAAGGAAUCUUGGAGCGAAUUCUAGACAUCUCGCAGGGUGACUUGAGAAAGGCUAUCACUUUGCUACAAUCUGCUGCUAAAGUUGUGCAGCAAAAUGACAAUGCGGACGCGAUAACUCUGACCCAUGUCAACGAACUAUCUGGGACCAUUCACGAUAAGGUUCUUCAAGAUCUGAUCAGUGUUAUAGAAAGCAAGGACCUCAAUACCAUAAUGCGCACGGUACAAGACUUUGUAAACCAAGGCUGGAGUGCGGCUUCUGCGCUAACGCAAUUGCACGAUUAUUACAUCAAGAAUGACCACCUUGAUACCGACUUCAAAAAUAAAGUUUCGUGGUUGCUCUUCGAUAGUGAUUCCAAGUUGACAAGUGGGGCCAACGAACACCUACAGUUGUUGAACCUUUCGAUGAAGAUAUCGCAACUGUACUGA